CCACUCUCUUUUGACAUACACUCCCUUUGUCCUAUAGACUCAUAGAUCCCCCCAAACUAUAACCAAAUUCUCUUCAAAAUGCCCGCCUCCAAGUCCACCCCCACAGGCCGCCAGGUCAACGUCCUCUUCGUGUGUCUCGGCAACAUCUGCCGGUCUCCCAUGGCCGAGGGGGUCUUCCAAAACAUCGCCGCCUCCCACCCUCUCAUCGCGGGCAUCGACUCCGCCGGCACAGCCGCCUACCACGCCGGGGAGGGCCCGGACUCCCGCACCAUGUCGACGCUGCGCCGCCACAACAUCACCAACUACGAACACGCCGCCCGCAAAGUCACCAAGCAGGACUUCCUGGACUUCGACUACCUGCUCGCCAUGGACAAGCAUAACCUGCGCGAUCUGUUGGAUGUGCGGGGUUCCGUCGUCGCCGAGGUGCGUCUCUUCGGUGACUUUGGACCCGGUGGGGUCUUGACGGAGCGUGUUGGCGGGGGCGAGGUCGUGCAGGAUCCGUACUAUGGCGGGGUGAACGGGUUCGAGGAGGUUUAUCAGCAGGUGAUUCGGUUCUCGAAGAGCUUUCUCGACUACGUGGAGAAGAACCAGGAUUUGGAGAACUAA